CAAAAUUCUGAUUUCAGCAGCACAACGCAGUUCUGGGCAAUUGCAGUGUCCUGGUCAAGAUGGAGUUCACGAAACUAACAGAGAUUGAAUUAUCAGCGGCGUUUGACGCUCACGUGCACCUGAGGGAUGGUGAGAUGUCGCAGCUUGUUACGCCGACGAUUCGCAAGGGGGGUGUGAAUCAGGUGUAUGUCAUGCCAAACCUUGUUCCGCCCAUUACUACCGUUCAGCAAUGUCUCGAGUACCGCGACAGACUACGAGCCAUCGAGCCGAAUGUGGACUAUGUCAUGUCUCUGUACCUUCACGAGUCAAUCACGCCAGAGGUUAUUCGCGAGGCGAAGAAGGCAGGAAUCACAGGCGUGAAAUCAUACCCUGCUGGUGUGACAACGAACUCUUCAUCUGGCGUCCUCGACUAUGAAACUUUCUACCCCGUCUUCGCAGAAAUGGAAAAGCAAAACAUGGUCCUCAACCUCCAUGGCGAAGUCCCCUCCACACCCGCUGACGCGCCUACAACAAGAGACUCCAACGCAGCAAUUACCAUCUUGAACGCCGAACCAGCCUUCCUGCCUACAUUCAAGUCCCUGCACGCACGCUUUCCUAACUUGCGCAUCAUACUCGAGCACUGCAGUACAGCCGCUGCACUCGACGCUGUGCGUGCGUGUGGCCCGACGGUAGCCGGCACCAUCACAGCGCAUCACUUGUCUCUCAUCAUCGACGACUGGGCCGGAGACCCAUUCUGCUUCUGCAAACCUGUCGCCAAGACGCCCGAGGACCGCGAUGCGCUGCUCAGAGCUGUGGUAAGUAGCAGUGGCCGAUUCUUCCUCGGCACAGACUCUGCGCCCCAUGCGAGUGUGAAGAAGCGCGGCGAGGAUAAAGUGGCCGCUGGUGUAUUUACGCAGCCGUAUGCGGUGGGGUAUGUGUUGGAUGCAUUGGAGAAGGGCGUUGGGAGGGCGGUUAUUGGGGAAGGAGAGGUGAGCAAUGAGGUGUUGGAAGGUUUUUUCGCUGGGUGGGGGAGGAAAUUCUAUCAGGUUGAUGAUACGAAGAAUGAAAGGGUGGUGCUGAGGAAGCGUCAAGAGAAGAUUGUCGAUGUUCUGAAAAAGGACGGCGUGGAUGUGGAGGUUGUGCCUUUUAGGAAGGGGGAGCAGACGUGGAGUGUAGAGUGGAAGUAAAUGGAGCCUUGUUUCUUCUCAUUAUAUAUGAUUAUUAUGACUUAAGCGUUCGCAAUGCGCGCGAGCUUUACGAAAACAUAUCAAUUUCCCACUUGCUCUCUUCAUGAUCCAGAUGCACCGUAUGUAUAUCAGACUCCUCUCUCUUUUCAAUCGUCAACACCUCGCGUUGCUGGAUGUUCUUAGUCUUUACGCACUCUCUGUUUGGCCCGACGCGGUGAUUGUGCGCUCGCCUAGAAAAGUAUGCUGUAUCAGCGGCCUACUGGUUCAGAAUGGCCAACUCACUAGCUACAUAGGAGACACCGGAGAAUUUGCAAAUGUAACUGUCGUUUCGUGUUCAUGUACGCAGGAGAGACUGCUCAGCCACCCGCAGACGCAGACGCAACAGUAGGCCCCAGCAAUCCUGCCGAAGCCUCAUUCUCAAGAGAGAUCUUCAUUUCCAACCAC